UACGAGAUAACGGCGACUGAACCAUUGAAGUUGAGUCUGAGAAUGGCUUUAGAUCUCAGAAAAUCAUUUUGCCAAGAACUCUCCUCAAAUAACCUUGAAUCAGAAGAUCUAGAAUUUUCAUCAACCCAAGGUUUUGCUGUCCCAAAGAGAGAGAUCUCUGCAUUCUCAAGCAUUCAACUCAACUCAUUGCAAUACAGUGAUAACUCAGAAGCAAGGAAGGAACUACAAAGACUGUAUGAGUUUUUUCACUCAUGGUUGCAGCCAGAAAAUCAUAGCAAGGAUCAGAUUAUUGCUCAGUUAGCCAUGGAGCAGUUUAUGCUUAGUGGCCGCUGCAGGGACAAGUCUAUAUUGAAAAAGAAAUGGGAAUCAAGUGGUAAAAACCUGGAGAAAUUACUGGAAGACUUGACAGAUGAUUGUAUGAAGCCACCUGUGUUAGUCCAUGUCUGCAUGCAGGGACAGGAAGCACUGUUCUCUGAGGAUAUGCCCUUGAAAGAAGUCAUUGCUCAUCUCACGAAACAGUCAUCAGCAAAAACCUUUACAGCAGGUAUGGGCACAGCCCACCAGGUUUCCCAAAAUGCUCCUUUGGGAACAAGACAAGGAAAUGAACAUGAAGAAGAUGGCUGCACUAGUUCCUGGGAAGUAACUCAAGUAAAUGACUAUAUUACCAAUCCAGGAAAAGAAAUAGUUUCCCUGCUCAUUAUUCCAGAAGCAAAUGAUCCUACACCUGUAGAGGAAAGUGCUUCUUGGGAGAAUACACACAGCUCCAGAAAAGCAAGGCCAGUCAUAUGUGGAUUGCAAGAAGAGUCCCAGAAAGGACCUUCUUACCAAGAUGUCCCUAUGGAUGUGGGACCAGGAUCUUCCUCUCUGCCACAUCAAUCCUCCUCUGAGCCAGUCUCUAAUCACCACUGCAGUGAAGGAAACUCUGCCUGUGAGGAAUCCCAAGAAAGAUUCCAUGAAUCGCCCAAAUCAUACAAAUGUGAGGAAUGUCCCAAGACCUUUAAGUAUCUCUCUCAUUUCCUAGCCCACCAAAGAAGACACAGGAAUGAGAGACCAUUUGUUUGUGCUGAGUGUAACAAAAGGUUCUUCCAGACAUCAGAUCUACGUGUGCAUCAGAUGACUCACAAGAAAGAGAAGCCUUUUAAAUGCAGCAGAUGUGGAAAGUCCUUUACACACAAGACAAACCUGCGGGCUCAUGAAAGAAUUCAUACAGGAGAGAAGCCCUAUAAAUGUACCCAUUGCCACAGAAGCUUCCGCCAGUCAUCUACAUACAAUCGUCACCAGAGGAUUCAUGAGAAACUUGGAUCCAGAAAUGUUCCCCUUACAUCAGACACUUCCUCUUUGGCCCCUGGGACUACAUAAAGGGUGUGAAUACAUAUUCAUAUCACUGUUUGUAUGUGCUUUUCCAUUGACAGUAUAUCAUGUAAUUUCCUGGUUAUACUUUCUAUUUACAUUCUCACUCUAUUAAAAUAUGUAGAGGUCAAGAGAAA